CUCGCAUCCAGAUGCCCCCCCUCUACUCUCUCUCUCCCCCCUACAAUUCUGUAGCUGCCGAAACCUAGGGUUUUAUACUUUUCUCCAUUUUCGUGUUCUUCUUCUACAUUGUUAGAGAGAGAACAACAGAGAGGUUCAAAGAGAUAAGAAUAGCAAUGAGAGAUUCGAGUUUGGAUCUAUUUGACCCGAGAACGGCCGUGAUGGACUCGGACUAUUCGCCGAACGCCGGCCGAGAUGCCGAUUUUGGGUUCGCAUUUAACGAUAGCAACUUCUCCGACAGGGUUCUCCGGAUCGAGAUCAUGGACGAUUCUCCCGAGACCAGGUCCGAUGGCGAGGGUUGUCAAAGCCUCGCCGAUUGGGCCAGAAAUCGGAAGCGAAGGAGAGAAGAUAUUAAAAAAGAAAUUGCUUUGGAUAUCACUGUAGGUCCCGAAGAGCAAACAUUGAAUUGUAACCUGCCUGAUAUUGAUGAUAUUGUGGGCUGUGAAAACCAGGAUGAGGAAGCAGUUGCAAUGAUUGAAGAAUCUCAUUCAGGGGAUGAAGCUGCAAAUAGCAAUGAUUCAAAUUGGAGUAUGGAUUGUUCUACAGUCCUCAGAGUGAAAACAUUACAUAUUAGCUCUCCGAUUUUAGCUGCAAAAAGUCCAUUUUUCUAUAAGCUCUUCUCAAAUGGGAUGAGGGAGUCAGAGCAGCGACAUGUAACCCUAAGGAUCAAUGCCUCUGAGGAAGCUGCCCUAAUGGAGCUUCUUAAUUUCAUGUAUAGCAAUUCCUUAACUGCAACUACAGCCCCUGUUUUGUUGGAUGUGCUGAUGGCUGCUGACAAAUUCGAGGUUGCUUCAUGCAUGAGGUAUUGCAGUCGUCUAUUGCGGAAUUUGUCCAUGUCACCUGAGUCUGCGUUGCUAUAUCUGGAGCUUCCUUCCAGCGUAUUAAUGGCCGAAGCAGUUCAGCCAUUGACAGAUGCAGCAAAGCUGUACCUGGCUGGCCGUUACAAGGACAUAACCAAGUACCUGGAUGAGGUUAUGAGCUUGCCUCUAGCUGGAAUUGAGGCGAUUUUGGCAAGUGAUGAUCUCCAGGUGGCAUCCGAGGAUGCAGUCUAUGACUUUGUGUUAAAGUGGGCUAGGGUUCAAUAUCCAAAACUGGAGGAACGGCGGGAAAUCCUGGGUUCUCGUCUUGGGCGCUUCAUCCGCUUUCCUUACAUGACCUGUCGGAAGCUUAAGAAGGUUUUGACAUGCAAUGACUUUGAUCACGAUCUUGCAUCCAAGGUUGUGCUUGAGGCCCUAUUUUUCAAGGCUGAGGCCCCACACCGACAGCGAACCCUGGCUGCAGAGGAGCCUGCCACCACGAACCGCCGCUUUGUGGAGCGGGCCUACAAGUAUCGGCCUGUUAAGGUGGUUGAGUUCGAACUCCCACGUCAGCAGUGUGUGGUCUACCUAGAUUUGAAGAGGGAGGAGUGUGCAAAUCUGUUCCCAUCUGGGCGGGUGUAUUCUCAAGCAUUCCACCUGGGCGGACAAGGUUUCUUCCUAUCUGCACAUUGCAACAUGGACCAACAGAGCUCUUUUCAUUGCUUCGGGCUGUUUUUGGGGAUGCAGGAGAAGGGAUCAGUGACUUUUGCGGUUGAUUACGAAUUUGCUGCAAGAUCAAAGCCAACGGAGGAGUACAUUAGCAAAUACAAGGGCAACUACACUUUCACGGGUGGUAAGGCAGUUGGCUACCGUAACUUAUUUGCCAUACCUUGGACAUCAUUCAUGGCUGAGGACAGCCUUUACUUCAUUAACGGUAUACUCCAUCUCAGGGCUGAACUCACCAUCAGGCAGUGACUCUUUCAUCGUCUUUUGGGUACUGUAAACUUUUUCUUUUUUAGCUUGGCUUGAACAAAGAAUUAUGGAAGUUUCGGUUGGUGCAAGCAUUAAUGUUUGUAACUUAGGUGACAAAAGGUCGUUACUUUUUGUUGGUGAUCCAAAUUGUGCUCUGGAACUGAUAGGGCCAAAUUCGCAUCCCACUCGUGUAUUUCUGCAGCAUGACAUGAGGGGUUCACCUAUGGUUUUACUCUCAGUACAUCUGUUUUUGUUGUAGAAAGUAGAAACUACGGGCAUGGUUUGCGUUUCAAAAAAUAGUAUUCGAAAACAGUUUUUGAGAAUAAUUUUAAGAAAGUGGUUUUGAUAUU